UAUACUCCUCAGACCAUUGAACUAGACCACAAGCUGAAACCCUUUAUACCUGACUUCAUCCCAGCAGUCAGAGACAUUGAUGCCUUCCUUAAAGUGAGAAUUACCAAACAAACACAUUUUCUCUUAGCUUCAGCAUUUCUUUUAUGGUGCUAGUUGUUUCCUUCCCUGCUUGAAGGAAUCACAUUGGUGAAAUUUCCAAUUAGGUGUAAACUUUGUGUUUUCUAAUCUAAUAAUGUAAUGAUCAGUGGAUACAUCAAAAGAUACAGGGGAGAAGGUGGAAUGUAUUAAUAAGCUAUCUGAGCUGGGCUACUGUCAAUGACUGUGUUCCAUUGUAACCUCAGGUCCCACGUCCUGAUGGCAAAGCAGACAACCUGGGGCUGUUGGUCCUGGAUGAGCCCUGCACCAAGCAGUCAGACCCCACCGUCCUGUCACUGUGGCUCUCUGAGAACAGCAAGCGGCACAACAUCACAAGUACAACACUAUACAACAACUAUAACACAGUACAGCUUUAUAAACCCCCCACAGUCAGGCGCCAUUUAGAUGUCCAUGACAUACAGUAGACUGACCAGGUGAAUCCAGGUGAAAGCUAUGAUCCCUUAUUGAUGUCACCUGUUAAAUCUAUUUAAAUCAGUGUAGGUAAAGGGGAGGAGACAGGUUAAAGAAGGAUGUUUAAGCCUUGAGACAAUUGAGACAUGGAUUGUGUGUGUGCCAUUCAGAGGGUGAAUGAGAUUUAAGUGCCUUUGAACGGGGUAUGGUAGUAGGUGCCAGGCGCACCGGUUUGAGUGUCAAGAAGUGUCAACAGUUUCCCGUGUGUAUCAAGAAUGGUCCACCACCCAAAGGACAUCCAGCCGACAGCAGGUCAGUGGUCAAAAACGGGUCAUUGAUGAAAGAGGACAAAGGAGGCUGACAAAUUGUGCAGAGCAACAGACGGGCUACAGUUAAUCAACUGACAGUCCAGUACAACAUUCGUGCCCAAAGUACCUUGACACAAAUGGGGUAUGGCAGCCGACGACCUUAGAGUUCCACUUCUUAACAAAACAAGAAACUGUGGUUGCAGUGGGCUAAGGAACAAAAACACUGGACACUGGAGAAUUGGAAAAACAUUGCCUGGUCUGAUGAAUCCUGGUUCCUGCUGUUUCACGCUGAUGGUAGGACUAGGGUAUGGACAAAACCACAUGAGUACAUGCAUCCAUCAUGCCACGUGUCAACAUUGCAGGGUGGUGGUGUGGAUUGUGUUUUCAUGGCACACAUUGGGCCCAAUGUUCCCUCUAAGCUGCUCGCGUGCGCGGCCGCACAGAGACGCAAGAGAUUGAACUUCACUGAGUUCACCCUAUUAGUUUGCACUAUAUAGAUCAAUGUUUUUUCUGUGAUCGAAUCAAUAUUAUAUCAGCACCUUUUCAAUGCAACAAACCAAAACAAAUAUAACUUUGGAAAAUUGAGUCUGUGAUUUUGUUUUAGGUAGAGCCCGUGCGCAACGGAGUAGAAUUCUAUUGGCGGGGGUAGCCCACGAGCGGUCUUUCAAUCACCCACGAGUGAAUGCGCUUUUCAGAUCAGUUUAGAGCUGCGCGUGUGCACAAUCGUUGAUAUUCUUUGCUAGUCAGCGAGUUAUUAGCCCAGUUAUAGAUAAUUAUAGGUCAGCAAUGGGGAGUUACUGCUUCCUACAAGAGCACAAAACAUGUAGGCUACAUUUCAAGCUGUCUUUGAAAAGCCAGUCAGGUAAAAAGCUUAUGUCUUAAUUAAAGGGGCAGUGUUAUAUUUUGAGACAGGCUUGAAUAUGCAAAUAAGCCAAUAGGCAGAAGGGUAGCCUACGUUGCCUAAUUGUUUGUAUGGUAAUAAUAAUACAUUUUAUUUUGUAAAGUGGUUUCUUGCAUCAUACAACACAAUUCAAUGCAAUUUACAGUCACCAAAUUGGCCCACUGUCACACCCUGGCUCUGGGGACUCUAUAUGUUGAGCCAGGGUGUGUAGAUUCUAUGUGUUCUAGUUCUGUGUUGUAGUUCUAUGUGUUCUAUUUCUAUGUUGGCCAGUGUGGUUCUCAAUCAGAGGCAACGAGUGUCAGCUGUGGCUGGUUGUCUCUGAUUGGGAACCACAUUUAAACAGGCUGUUUUCCCACAGUAGUUGUGGGAUCUUGUUCCGUUUGGUUUGUUCCGUGUUGGUUGUUUAACCUAGGACAUCACGUUGUUCGUUUAUUGUUUUGGUCUUGUUAUCACUAAAGAUAAUAAAGUAUGUUCGUUCAUCACGCUGCGCCUUGGUCUACUCCGUUCAACGAUCGUGACAGAAGAUCCCACCAUACCAGGACCAAGCAGCGUGUCCAGGAGCAGGCGGCCUGGACAUGGGAGGAAGCGCCGGGAAAGGAGCUGGAGAGGUUGGCGAUGGCCCAGGUGGGCCAAUUGUGGUCCUGGGAGGACAUGCUCGGGGGCAAAGGGCCAUGGGCUAAGGUUAAGGCCCUGGCGAGAGAGGAGCAACGGCGUCAACAGUGUCGUCGUCGGACGGACGAGAGGCAACCCCAGAAAAUGUUUAGGGGGGGGAACACGGCAUGGGCGACUGGGCAGCAGGAGGCUGCCACAGGGCAAAAUGGGAGAUUAGGAGAGGAGGCCACCGGGUUUGGGGGGCCAGAAGGCAGGUUGGCGGAGCCUGGAUGGAGAGCAGAGCCAACUCCCCGUACUCAGGCAUGGCAGCAUGAGACUGGGCAGGUUCCGGGGUAUGCGGAGCUGCGUACUGUGCCACGAGUGGUCCGGCAUAGUCCGGUACGUCCUGUGCGAGCACCCCGCACGUGUCGUGCGAAGGUGGGCAUGCAGCCAGGACGGAGUGUGCCGGCUCAGCGCUCGUGGUCUCCAGUGCCUCUCCUCGGUCCCGGAUAUCCUGCGCCAGUGUCACGUGCUGUUAUGCCAGUACGGGUACACAGCCCUGUACGUCCUGUGCUGAUGCCUCACACAGAGUGUGUGAAGGUAGGCAUUCAGCCAGGACGGGUUGUGGCAGCUCUUCACUCCAGGCCUCCUAUCCGUCUCCACAGCCCGGCCCGGCCUGUUCCUGCCACUCGCACCAAGCCUACGGUGCGCGUCGCCAGCCCGGCCUGGCCUGGCCUGUUCCUGCCACUCGCACCAAGCCUACGGUGUGCGUCGCCAGCCCGGUCCGGCCUGUUCCUGCCACUCGCACCAAGCCUACGGUGUGCGUCGCCAGCCCGACCUGUUCCUGCCCUUCGCACCAAGCCUACGGUGCGCAUCGCCAGCCCAGCCCGGCCUGUUCCUGCUCCCCGCACCAAGCUAAUGGUGCGCGUCGCCAGCCCGGCCCGGCCUGUUCCUGCCACUCGCACCAAGCCUACGGUGCGCGUCGCCAGCCCGGCCCGGCCUGUUCCUGCCACUCGCACCAAGCCUACGGUGCGCAUCGCCGGCCCGGCCUGUUCCUGCCACUCGCACCAAGCCAGGGGUGCGAGUCGUCAGCCCGGUCCGGCCCGUUGCUGCUCCACGCACCAAGCCAGGGGUGCGCAUCGUCAGCCCGGUCCGGCCCGUUCCUGCUCCACGCACCAAGCCAGGGGUGCGCAUCGUCAGCCCGGUACGGCCCGUUCCGGCUCCACGCACCAAGCCAGGGGUGCGCAUCGUCAGCCCGGUCCGGCCCGUAGCUGCUCCACGCACCAAGCCAGGGGUGCGCAUCGUCAGCCCGGUCCGGCCCGUUCCUGCUCCACGCACCAAGCCAGGGGUGCGCAUCGUCAGCCCGGUCCGGCCCGUUGCUGCUCCACGCACCAAGCCAGGGGUGCGCAUCGUCAGCCCGGUCCGGCCCGUUCCUGCUCCACGCACCAAGCCAGGGGUGUGCGUCGUCAGUCCGGCACAACCCGUGCCUGGGUCACCGGUGCCUGGUCAGGUACCGGUCAGCUGCUCCACACCGGAGCUUAAGCAAUCCGCUCCUACGAUGUCCAGUCCAGCUCCAGCCAGCGGGGCCAGACGGGACCAGGGGCGCUACGGGGGGAUUAUUGGAGGGUGGUGGGCAAGCCCGGAGCCGGAACCGCCUCCGAGGAGGAAUGCCCACCCAGCCCUCCCCUGUUUGGUUUAUGUUGAGGCGCGGUCGCAGUCCGCGCCUUUGGGGGGGGGGGGGGGGUACUGUCACACCCUGGCUCUGGGGACUAUAUGUUGAGCCAGGGUGUGUAGAUUCUAUGUGUUCUAGUUCUGUGUUGUAGUUCUAUGUGUUCUAUUUCUAUGUUGGCCAGUGUGGUUCUCAAUCAGAGGCAACGAGUGUCAGCUGUGGCUGGUUGUCUCUGAUUGGGAACCACAUUUAAACAGGCUGUUUUCCCACAGUAGUUGUGGGAUCUUGUUCCGUUUGGUUUGUUCCGUGUUGGUUGUUUAACCUAGGACGUCACGUUGUUCGUUUAUUGUUUUGUUCUUGUUAUCACUAAAGAUAAUAAAGUAUGUUCGUUCAUCACGCUGCGCCUUGGUCUACUCCGUUCAACGAUCGUGACACCCAUGGUGUUACAGACCUAGUAAAAAGUAAUUAAAUCAAAUCAAAUCAAAUCAAAUCAAAUUUUAUUGGUCACAUGCGCCGAAUACAACAGGUGCAGACAUUACAGUGAAAUGCUUACUUACAGCCCUUAACCAACAGUGCAUUUAUUUUAAACAAAAAAAGUAAGAAUAAAACAACAACAAAAAAAGUGUUGAGAAAAAAAGAGCAGAAGUAAAAUAAAGUGACAGUAGGGAGGCUAUAUAUAUACAGGGGGGUACCGUUGCAGAGUCAAUGUGCGGGGGCACCGGCUAGUUGAGGUAGUUGAGGUAAUAUGUACAUGUGGGUAUAGUUAAAGUGACUAUGCAUAAAUACUUAACAGAGUAGCAGCAGCGUAAAAAGGAUGGGGUGGGGGGGCAGUGCAAAUAGUCCGGGUAGCCAUGAUUAGCUGUUCAGGAGUCUUAUGGCUUGGGGGUAGAAGCUGUUGAGAAGUCUUUUGGACCUAGACUUGGCACUCCGGUACCGCUUGCCGUGCGGUAGCAGAGAGAACAGUCUAUGACUAGGGUGGCUGGAGUCUUUGACAAUUUUGAGGGCCUUCCUCUGACACCGCCUGGUAUAGAGGUCCUGGAUGGCAGGAAGCUUUGCCCCAGUGAUGUACUGGGCUGUACGCACUACACUACCCUCUGUAGUGCCUUGCGGUCAGAGGCCAAGCAGUUGCCAUACCAGGCGGUGAUGCAACCAGUCAGGAUGCUCUCGAUGGUGCAGCUGUAGAAUUUUUUGAGGAUCUGAGGACCCAUGCCAAAUCUUUUUAGUCUCCUGAGGGGGAAUAGGCUUUGUCGUGCCCUCUUCACGACUGUCUUGGUGUGUUUGGACCAUGAUAGUUCGUUGGUGAUGUGGACACCAAGGAACUUGAAGCUCUCAACCUGUUCCACUACAGCCCCGUCGAUGAGAAUGGGGGCAAGCCCUUCAUAAGGUAAAAACGUUUUUAAAAGUCUUAUGCAGUGUAAGCCUGCAUUGAACACCACAUAUAGGCAACUGUAGGCUAUAUCAUUGAAAUCAAAAGCUAUUUCCAUGUGAAAAUGUUAUGGGAUUUGCGCCAUUGGGUUUUGUUGGUAGACCUACAUUAUGCUCAAAUAGCCACAAUAGCCUAUUGGCUACUGUCUAAAACUGUAAGGGUACAGCCUCAGUGUUCACUGUAAACGCAUGCUGGAAGUUGCACACAUUUCUCACAAUGUUCAAGUUUCCACUCACAAGACCAAACAUUUGCUCAGUGCCCCCCAAAAUUUGAGGGAACAUUGAUUGGGACCCUUGAUAAACGUGGAGCAACGUUAGACUGCCACAGGAUAUCUGAACAUCAUUACCAAUCAGGUGCAUCCCUUCAUGGCAGUAGUGUAUCCAUCUGCGAAUUGAUUUUUUCAGCAGCAUAAUGCCCCAUGCCACAACGCUUGAAUUGUCCAGGAAUGGUUCCACGAACAUGACAGUAACCUCACGAGUGGCGCAGUGCUAGCUGUGCCACUAGAGAUCCUGGUUCGAAUCCAGGCUCUGUCGUAGCCUGAGACCCAUGGGGUGGCGCACAAUUGGCCCAGCGUCGUCCAGGGUAGGGGAGGGAAUGGCCGGCAGGGAUGUAGCUCAGUUGGUAGAGCAUGGCGUUUGCGACGCCAGGGUUGUGGGUUCGCUUCCCACUGGGGGCCAGUAUGAAAAAUAAAAAAACUAUGUAUGCACUCACUAACUAACUGUAAGUCGCUCUGGAUAAGAGCGUCUGCUAAAUGACUAAAAUGUAAAUGUUAAUUCAGCUUAUUGCAGUGGCCUGCCCAGUCACCAUAUCUCAAUACAAUUGAGCAUCGGUGGGAUGAGAUGGAAUGAGCGAUUUGGAGUAGAGAUCCACUACCAGCCAACUUGACACAACUGUGGGAGGCAUUGGGCCAGCAUCCCCGUGGAACCGUUUCGACACCUUGUAGAGUCCGUUCCCCGAAGAAUUGAGGGUGUUCUGAGGGCAAAAGUGGGUGCAACUCAAUAUUAGGAAGGUGUUUCUAAUGUUUUGUACCCUCAAUGUUUAUCACACUAUGCACAUAACUAUGGGUACUGCUUUGAGAGAGACAGACAGACACUGCAAAUCAAUCGACCUUCUUUCCAUGCGCUGCUCAGGAGGUAAAAGUGAAAAGUGUGGAGAACCCAGAGAAGAAUCCCAAAGCCAUUGAGAACUGGAUGGAGAGCAUUAGUGAGCUCCAUCGCUCCAAAACCCCCCACCACUGUCCACUACACCAGGCAAGUGUUUACUUUACCUCACUGUACUGCUGCUGCCCUAGCCUAGUCUCAGAUCUGUUUGUGCUGUAUAGCCAACUCCAAAACAAAUGUUUGGCAUGACAACGACCAUAAGAGUUGGCUAUACAGCACAAACAGAUCUGGGACCAGGCUAGAACUGGCAUGAGGAGCAUUAGUCCAUCCAUACUGCCACAGACUCUGACCAUUAUCUGAUUCUGAGUCAGUUCAGUUAUUCAUGUGAAGGUGAAUAGACAACGGCUCCCUGCCAAACUUCCAGUAUCCACAUUAGCAUACUACUAAGAAGGAAUGUAUCAGGCAUGUGGUGUUUUUGAAUUUGAAUAGCUGCUUGGAAUGGUUAGUCCCCAACCUGCUCAUUGAUUUGAUAUUUGACCUGCUAGCUAGCCACUUCCUGUCUGUCAUUUCCUGUUUAGCAAUGAAUGUCUAAUCCCACUUUCAAAACAACUGGGAACUCGGAAAAAACUAGCUCCGACUGGGAAAAUCGUUUUGAACGGUCAUCCAACUCGGAAUUCGAAGUCGGAAACUCUGGCAUCUUUCUACAACGCCGUCUUUCUGACCUGAAGAUCACUGACGUCAUGAUUUGAACUUGAUUUUUUUGUUCCCAGUUGUCUUGAAAGCACCAUAAUUGCGACCUGAAUUAUACACACUGUGACCAAGGUUCAUUUUUAUACUUCCACAUUUCAUAUUUGUUCUGACGGUGGCCCACAGUGCAUUUCCACAGCAAGUUUUACUAAAGAAGCUUUCUUUUCAACUUUGCGUGUCAUUCAAGAGUUUCUAAAUCUCGUCUUCACUUUAGUUUUCUCCUAAAUUCAUGCACUUUGGUUGGACAGCGAGGUAGCAGCAGUCUUCCCUUCUUUUGAACAGAAAGCAAAAGCCCAACCAUUGUCAAAGCUGUUUUCUGUUUUUCCUCUUCCUCAAAACCCUUCCUCACCUUUUUCUAGGUUAGCCUACCAACGGCCGAUAUCAACUGUGAUCUGACCGAGUACAUUGAUGUCAUAUGUGUGAGUUUUUCACCAUCUCUGCACACAACGCAUUCAACAACAUCUGUCUGCUUGUAUAACACGUUUGGGUAACACAGCGAGGGACUAUCUGGACAUUUUUUUUCUCGGUGUACCUUUAUGAAAACAACCCUUUAUUAAUUUUUUUCUCUCUUAAAGGCAUCCUUGACAUCCCCGUCUACAAGAGCUGGAUUCACUCACUCCAUGUGCUGUUCACCCUUUACUCUGAGUUCAAAAACUCACAGGUACCACAGUGUUUACUCCCUUAACCUUUCAGUUCAGUAGGGCCCAUCAGGAUGAACAAGUGUGCCAUGCCUGCUGUGAUUGUCAUGUUCUUUCAAUAGUUUAUUUCUGACAAAAUGGUUAAAAAGCCACUUUCAUUUGUUUAUUUGGAUCCCCAUUAGCUUUUGUAGAAGCAGCAGCUACUCUUCCUGGGGUCCACAAAAAACAUAAAACAUGACAAGUAACAAAACACUGAUAGACAAGGACAGUCACAUUUUAAAAUACAUCAAUAUAUAAAUAUAUAUAUAUACAAACAAUAUAACUAAAAUGUAAUGUGUGUUCCCUCACAGUCCCUGCCGUUCCAUGAGAUGUUGUUUAAUCCGUUUUUUUAUUUAUUUUGCGGUUUGCUUGAGUAAUUGUUGAUGGGCGUUCCAUACGAUCUUGGCUCUGUAUAAUACUGUGCGUUGCCGUGAAUUCGUUUUGGACUUGGGGACUGUAAAGAGACCCCUGGUGGCAUGUCUUGUGGGGUAUGUAUGGGUGUCUGAGCUGAAUGUUAUGUUAAUAUUAUUAUGCAGACAAUCUGGAAUUUUCAUCACAGUAAUAUUUCUUAUAAAAACUAGAAGAGAAGCAGUUAAUCUCUCGUGAACUCUCAACCAGGAAAGACUGGCAUGCAUGUUGUUGAUGUUAGUUCUGUAUGUGCAGUUAAGGGCAAGGUGUGCUGCUCUGAUCUGAGCCAGCUGCAGCUUUGCUAGGUCUUUCUUUGCUGCACUUUACCAUAUUCCUGGACAGUAAUCAAGAUGGGACAAGACCAGAGCCUGAACAACUAGUACAGUUGACUUUUGUGACAAAAACGCAGAACAUCUUUUAAUAACAGACAUACCUCUCCCCAUCGUCACAACAACUUUGUCAAUAUGACUUGACCAUGAUAACAGACCAUACAAUGUUAUACCUAGGAGGUUAGCUUCCUCAACUUGCUCAAUGGUCACGCCCUUUAUGCACAACUCCAGUUGAGGUUUAGGUCUUAGAGAAUGUUUUGAAGCAAAUACAAUGCGUUUAGUUUUAGAUGUAUUUAAGACCCGUUUAUUAUUAAUCACCCAUUCUGAUACUGACAGUAACUCCUUAUUUAGAAUUUCAAUGAGCUCACUGGCUUUGGGUGCUGACAAGUUUCAAAGAACAGCACCAUAAACAAUCAAAUUAUUUGUCCUUGUUUCAGCAUUUCAAAGCCUUAGCGGAGGGUCAGAAGUCGGACACUCAGUCAGCUCCUCGCUCCGCCACUGGAGAGCUAGACACACUAGCUUUGACUGAGGACAGACAACUGACG